UGUUUCCCUGGGUCUAAUUGUCGUGAACCUUAUCUUAUUAUCAAUGGGCCUGGCUUACUUCUGCAGAAUGUAAGUUAUGAACAAUUACUUUUAUAAACACUGUAUUAUCGAAUUUUUGUAUUGCCUUGGGUCAAUUUAAUAGAAUUCAAAGAGGACAGACGGCAAAUUGUUGUUGCUUCAAAAAUCUACUAGUCGUAACUGUUCAUCAGUAGGAUGCCUAAAAUGUGUGUAAUCCCACAAUUAGUUUUGGCUCCAUUAAAUCCUACAAGAAUAACGUUUACCAGGAGCCCAUCAAAUGGAGCCUCCAUCUUCAUUAGUUUCUUGAGUCAACCCUUUCCCGAGUAGAUUUAUAAAUAGAACGGCUUCUUUCCCGCGAAAAGUCUCAUAUUUCCCAGAGUGUCAUAUGUCACUGUGAACCGCGAAGAAAAAAAGAAAAAAAUGGCGAACGAAGGCGAAACAAAGAGCCCGUCCUUCGACCGUUUUCCUUUUUAUUAGGGGCCCUUAUUCUUGAUUUUACAGCCGCUAGGAACUGGGUAUUAGUAAACGAAAGUUAAUGAACUACUAGACUGAGAAUAAAGUGAUGGAAUAUAGUAGUUCUUUCACGGACGAUAUAGGAGCGAGCGGAAAGGUUGUCUUUUGUAGCAGUUUAGGGUUUUGUCGUCCCAAAUUCUCCAUGUAAGUUUACGUUCUUCAAAAAGCGUCGGCUAUGAAACGUUCUGUUGACGAAUCGGAACUAUUGGAAAGAUCCGACUUGUCCUUCAUAACGAGUUCACGUAGAAUUUCCAGCCUCUUUUUCCAAUACUGGCUUUCUCUUCUUUGACAAUUCUCCCCUUCCUUGUUUCCCUGCCAGUGUUUCUGUCCUCAGCUUUAUCAUUCUUUGAAGAGCGGCUCCACAGUACCUAAACAAACUGUCAUCGGACUCUUCUGGCAACUCGCGGCUCCUCUGACCUACAGAGUCUUCAUCAGCCUCGUUUUCCGCUUUCUUUAAACGAAUGUGUUCAUGAAUCAUACCGUAGACAGUUUCGUGGACAACGCUUAGGACCUAAUGAACGCAGUCUGCAGAAAAUAUAGUAGGUGCUUUUCGCAAAAGCCGUUCAACUAUCAUUCUCUCCUGAGUUAUCUUUCCAGGCUGAAAAUUGGUCAACAGUUUCAUCCAGGCAACCGAAAAGGACGCUUUUCUGUAACUCUGGAGAUUACUCGCGAAAGAUUCCUGUGCCAAGGUUGAAAACCUUCGACAAAACUUUGUCACCAACAGUUCAAAGUUUGACCCUUCAGCGACGCAUAACAAAUGUUUGGCAAAUUGCUUGCGUUCUGAUUGAGACUCGACGCGAGGAUCAUUUAGCAAAGACGAUCUUAUAUGUUGUUCCACUUUCUUUGCUUCAUCUGAAGAAAAAAUCCAAGAGGCAAGAUCCUCUAUCUCUUUGCUGUCCAGUGCGGUUACUUUACUUUUUUUUUGCGGCUGCGUGGUCUUCGCAGUCGCAUUUCCCUCUGCAGGUUUUGCUCUUCUACGGCCACCGGAAGAUGUCGUUGCUUCGGUCAAAUCCUCCUCGUCAGUUUCGCUUUCAGAGGAUGUGGAAUAUUCACUCGUCGAGUCUUGAAUCGUAUCAGAACCGUUCGUCUGACGAGUCAAAAACCCCUUCCCUGCUGCCCGCCUUUACUUUUCUAAUGCGCUUGAAUCGCAUGAAUGCGCUCGCUGCCUGCUGUUUGACGUAAGACAAUACUACUGUCAUUUCUCUGUUUUCAUUGGCUCUUCACUCUAUCAGCGCGCGAAACCUCCUCAGGGAACCGUUCUAUUUAUAAAUCUACUCGGGAAAGGGUUGACUCCAAGGGCUUGUAUGGGAGACGGAGGCUCCAUUUGAUGGGCUCCUGCGUUUACUGGCUCCAAAUUGUUUAUGGUUAUUAUCUUACUUUUACCUUUCUAUGUUGGGUUUUCGCUUUUUCAUCCGAAGGUUUUAAGAGUCAUAUUAGUUUUGUUUUUUGACAAACAAACAAAUGUAGACGUUGGCUGACCAGAUAGUUUAAUGCUGUAGGAAGUGUUGGUACUCGAGAAGAGUAUGAAGAAUUUUGAGUUUAUGCUACAGCCAGCCAAGUGGGUUUGUUUGUAACACGAUACUCUGCUUUAAAAAAGCGUAAAAAUAUAAUUAAAAUUACAACAGAGACGAGUAGUGGUGGGUGAUCAUUUUGGGCCUGUUUGAUGGGUAUGGAUAAAUUGUGCUUGUAAAAUGGCUUAUUCUGCCUGCCCGCAGUGCUCGUAAAAAUCGCUAAUUCUGCUCAGAAUUCUGCUCGGACAACCUUAUUCAGCUCGAAUUCUGCUCGGUACCCUUCGGACCGUAUUUACCUUCGCAGAUAUAGAAGGGAGCCUCGGCCUAACCCCUAAAAACUAAUUAUAGAUAUCUAUUAUGCAUAGCAAAAUUGUAAUUCAUCUUUAGUUAGUUUUAAUGUGAGUGCUUUGCAGCUAGUAAAUAAUCAAAUUAAUCACAAGAUAUUUUCCAAGUGUUUUUUACUUUGUUUUAAAUUCUUUUUACAAUUACCAUUAUGCAUAUCAAGUGCCGCUGAUUUCCCCUUAUUCUGAUCAAUUUCUGCUCGAAAUGCCUUAUUCUGUCGGCAAAAUCCUCGCUUAAAAAUCGCUUAUUCGGCUCGAAAUUCUACCGGUAGAAUUUGUCUAAGCCUACUGUUUGAGGACGAGAAAGGACGAGUAAAAUUUGUCACGUGAAUAAAAUGCGCGGGAAGUCUUUUAAUUUAUGCUAAACAUGUUCAGGCAAGUACUAGUAAUGACGUCACGACACCCAAGGAGGCGUAUCGAUGUCCAUUUGACAGUAUAGCAAACCCAUUGUGCUUUGAACAUAAACUUGCCAUUUUAAAAUGGGAGCUUGAGCGACACGGUUAAGUAUGUUUUCAGACACAAAUAUUCAAGUAGAUUCUACUGCUAAACUUCAGUUAACUGUGGACGAAGUAUACUUUUUAACUGGUAGUUUGUAAAGUAUGAUUGAUAAUAUUCUUAGCCCCGGUCUUUGGUAUGAAAAUAAAUUUGGCCAUAAAAUAAUGCAGGUAUAAGGGUAAUUAUGCACGUUCUAUUUCCUGCCGCUUUCAUUGUCUAACAAUUGUUAAAGUUCCGGUUAACUGAUUCUUGGCGCACAAAUUGUGCAUAGUCAUGAGGGUCCAACCAACUAAUUCUAUGACACUCAACUCACACAGUUUUGAUGUGAAAAGCCUUUAAUUUAUUUUAACUUUCACCUCACUACAACUACAAUAAAAAGAUCAAUCGUCCUCUUCGUUCUCCUCUGCACAAUCAAACCAAUCCUGCACAAAUUCGAAAAAAAACCCUCUAUUUUUCAACCUUCAUUACAUUGCAACAAUAACAACAAAAAUCUAUCAUCUUCUUCUUCGCCCAUGGAGUACUUGUAGGGUUUGACUAUAUAUUUUAGUAUCAACUUCUCCUUAAAAAUUUGACGCGAUGAAUGCGAAGUUCUAAUCAAAAUAAUUACAUUUCAGAAUGAACACUGUUGCUGCGAAGUAAAAGGGGAAGCUAGAGAUAGAAAUGGUAAUUAUGGUCAUACGUUUUGAAAAUAGAAAACAAGCACUUCAGAAAACCUAGUUUCCAGGCUUCUCUCCUGCGUCUCUGUCCCAGAGUUCUCUCGCUUCGCGGGGACGAGUAGAAGAGGAAACUGGGAACGAGGUUGUUACUUAAGACAGACACAGUUGAGGUCACAUUAAAGGGACAUAUAGGAGAGUAUGAAAGUUUCCUUUGCCCUGCUUCAUGACGCAAAAAUUUGGUGUUUCUUUUGUCGGUGUCAUUUUAAUCUUUUCCAAUACGUCAUUUGGUGAUCCCACCCGUCCGGAACAACAAGUAACUACCCGUAAAUUAAAACUUAUUGAAUUUCAUACAAGAUGUUGUGAGGACAAAGUUUUGUCGCCCCACUGAGAUUUUUUUGUAUUUAAGAGUCAGUGUAACAUAAUGUACAUGAUGUGACUUAUAUGUCCCUGUUUGAUCACGUUCGCUUUAGUUUCCCAAGAGAUACCCCAACCACCUUAAAUUUUUGAGAUUGCGGAAGUGAGCAGUUUACAUCACUGUGGUUGAGUGUCUUGACUUCCAAAACGGCUUUAAUACCAGCUGUUUAAUCCCUAAACAUUUUUGGAGUCAAACUUCUUGUAAUAACAUUGUUUUAAUGUUGAAUAUUGUAUUUUAGGUGCCAAUGUGAUAAAGAGUAGGGAAAGUUCAAGUAUGCAAAAGAAGAGAUUUCUGAAACAACUGUAA